CGAUGUUGAAAUUGUUGAAUGCUGAGACAAGUGAUGCCCAGGUAUCUGUGAUCUCCAUAGUUGGGAUGGGAGGCCUUGGCAAGACAACUCUAGCUCAGCUAGUCUACAAUGAUCCCAUGUUGGAGUUUGAUUUAAAAGCCUGGGUGUCUGUUGGUGAAGAUUUUGAUGUUUCCAGGGUCACAAAAACAUUUCUUCUUCAGCUGGGUGAUGGUGGUGAUGAUAAAGAUUUAAAUGUGCUUCAGGUAAAAUUGAAGCAAAAGUUGUCUGGAAAUAAGUUUUUAGUUGUCCUAGAUGAUGUGUGGACCCAGAACUAUGAGGAAUGGACUCUGUUUUGGGGUCCGUUUGAAGCAGGGGCUCCUCAAAGCAGAGUUAUCGUCACGACUCGAAGUCAGGAUGUUUCAUUAAUGAUGGGUACGACUCAAGCAUAUGCUCUUAAGAAGCUGUCACACAAUGAAUGCAUGUCUGUGUUUGCCCAGCAUGCUUUGGGAGCAAAUAAUUUUGACGCGCACUUGGAGCUGAAACAAAUGGGUGAGGAGAUUGUCAAAAGAUGUGGAGGAUUACCUUUGGCAGCAAAAUCUCUUGGAGGCAUCUUAAAGGGUAAACCAAAUCCUGAUUUGUGGAAGGAAGUGUUGAGCAGUGAGAUGUGGGAAUUACCAGACAAUAGGAGCAAUAUCCUUCCAGCCUUGAAGUUGAGCUAUCUUCAUCUUCCACCUCAUUUAAAGCGAUGUUUCUCUUAUUGCGCAAUACUACCAAAGGAUCGCGAGUUUGAUAGGAAUGAAUUGGUUUUGCUGUGGAUGGCUGAGGGUUUCUUGUAUGACCAGAAGAAAAUGAAAGAUAGUGAAGGUUUGGGUCAUAAAUAUUUUGAUGAUUUAUUAUCAAGAUCAUUUUUUCAACAAUCAAAUGAUAAUAAAUCAAAAUAUAUAAUGCAUGACCUAAUUGUUGAUUUAGCUUGCUUUGUUAGCAGAGAAAUAUGUUUGCAUAUGGUUGGUAAGUUGGAGAAUGCAAAAUCAUUUGCAAAGAUUAGACAUUCUUCAUUUAUUCCUCAUUUUAUGAACACUUUUCAAAGAUUUCAAAGCUUCUGUGAAAUGAAGAAUUUGCGCACAUUUUUAUCCGUGCGGGAGGAUCGGAUUAGAUGCCACAUUACUAGUAAGGUGGUGCAUGAGUUGGUGCCAAAAUUAAAAUGCUUAAGGUCACUAUCUCUAGCUGGUUAUGAGAUUGAGGAGUUGCCAAAUUCUUUUGGUGACUUAAAGCACUUACGCUACCUUAACCUAUCUGAUACUCCAAUCCAAGGAUUGCCUGAAUCAGUGGAUAAACUCUUCAACUUACAGACAUUAAAGUUGCGUGAUUGUGAUGAGCUUAUUGAGUUACCUAAAGGCAUAUGCAAUUUACUCAACUUGCAGCAUCUUGACAUUAUUGGCACAAGGAAAUUGAAAGAGAUGCCACCACAUAUUGGUAAGUUGACUAGUCUCUGCGUGUUGACCAAAUUUAUCAUGGGGAAAAACAAUGGUCGGAUCACGGUGCUAAAGAAACUUUGUGAUCUUCGAGGGCAGCUUCAUAUUACAAGUUUAGAGAAUGUGGAAGUGGCAGAUAUUCGAGAUGCGGGUUUUGUCAAUUUGGAGGAUAAGCCUGGUAUCACUGAAUUGCACUUGGAAUGGACUGAAGCGGAUGAACGUUUUGAUGAUUUGAGAAACCCAAGUCAUGAAGAGCAAGUUCUCAACUCAGUUCAGCCAUAUCAAAGUCUGUCAAGCCUAUCAAUUACAUCAUUUGGUGGUAGGAAAUUCCCAUUAUGGCUGGGUGAGCCUUCAUUCUCUGGCAUGGUGCAGGUGCAGCUAUGGAAGUGUCGCCAAAUGACAUCAUUGCCACCACUUGGACGAUUAAAGUCAUUAAAAAGGUUGAGCAUAGGAGAUAUGAGAGGAGUGAAAGAAGUGGGUGUUGAGUUUUAUGAGGAUGAUUCAUGUUUUUCUUGUUUGGAAGAACUAGAGAUUAGAAGUAUGGGUGAGUGGGAGCUGUGGGCUUGGUCUAAUGGUCUGGGUGAAGAUUCUGUGCCAAAAUUUCCUAAGCUGCAUCAACUCCAAAUACGAAAUUGUCCCAAGUUGGUUGGGAAAUUGCCCACCUUCCUUCCUUCACUGGAAAAACUUUUCAUCGUUGAUUGCCCGCUUUUGGUUGAAUUACCAAAAGUUCUCCCAUCACUUACAGCACUCUAUUAGAAGAUGUCAAGAGGCAAUUCUCAGGAGUGUGACUAAUGCCACCUGUCUUACUAGUCUAAACUGUUUGGAAAUCGCGUUAUGUGAUGAGCUUGUGUCGUUGGUAGAUGGAGAGCCAGGGCUUUUGCCUUGCAAUCUUGAAGUUUUGAAAAUAUAUGAGUGUCCAAAUCUGAAGGAGUUGCCAAGUGGACUGAAAGACCUCAAAUCUCUCAAAUAUUUGACUAUAAGGCGAUGUAGAAGUUUAGUCUCCUUCCCAACAGGGGGUUUGCCGCACAACAUGAUACGUCUUCGUAUUACAAGCUGUGAAUCAUUGGAGUCUAUGCCGGAAGGAAUUGUGUGUCCUAGUAAUUACAGUGGCGAGACGUCUCAUCUCGAGAAAUUGUAUAUCUCUGGAUGUGAAUCCCUCAGAUGCUCUUCAAAUGGAAAGUUUCCAUAUUCCCUUAA